AUGCGCCUUCCCGAAGACCAAUCUCGCCUCGGCAGACAAUUGAUUGGCACAAGGCGCAACUUGAGGUCGACUCUACCAUCGACAGCCUUGGCUUUUGGCUGCUUUCCGAUGCCCGUUCUCGGAGCAGAUUGCAAGAAGCUGCUCAUCAAUACGAUCACGCAACAUUCUCCUCCAUCCUAG